AUUAUUAUCGCAUUCGUAACAAAUUUUAGCGACAAUAAAUAUCGUUAUAUUUUACGGGGCUGUCUCAUAAAAUUAUUAUCUAAGUUUCCUAUUUUUGUGAACAAAACAAAAAGAUAAUUUGUGUAAAUUGAAUGGAAGUUGGUCGCGUACGCCCGCGAUCGCCAUCUCGCCUCGCCAACCGCACCGUACGUCAUUGGCAGUGAACGGAACGAAGUGUCGUCGUAUAGAUCGCUGGCUGGCUGUCUGAAAAUAGUGAAUCAACUAUGAGUUUUCGAAAUAUGUUCGAAUAAAAAAGUGAUUAGUGAGUGACUGUCAUCCAGCAAGAUGGUUGAUGACGUGAAAGAUUUUACCGAAACCGCUGAAAGUAAAGCCGCAGCAGAUGCCAUAGACCGAGCGAGAUUAGCUCGCGAAAGACGAGAGGCCGAACAAAGGAAAAGAUUAGACGAAUUAAGGGCACACGCGGCAGCCGCGCAAGCGCAGCGAGAGAAACGAGAUGAAGAUAGGCGGAAAAGACAAGCAGAGCAGCGAUCGAGAGACGAAGAUAGACGGCAACAGUUACCAGACAGACAGACAGCCAAUCAGUCGGUAGAGGAACGCAAACGUGCAAUAUGGGAGGCGUCCGUAUCGCGGCGGGAAGCGUUGUUGCAACGCGAGCGCGACCGGAGCGAGCGGUUGGAGCGAGCGCGGGCCGCUCGCUCGGCGCCCCGCCCGGCGUUCGCUUUCGGUUCGUCGACGCCGCGACUGCUCGAACCGCUCGAUUCUAGUGGAUUUUUCUGGGCUGCGCGCAGGGCAGCAUCAACAACAAAUGUGAUGUUUGCGUCUGCGCCGCUCGUGAGACGCGCCUCGGCUCUGCACUUGGACUCAGACAAUGAUAACAAAGACGAACCCGACCGCCAGCAGCCGGCGAUGUGGUCUUCCGUGGCCCGGCGCCGCACCGACCUGGUACCCACGCUGCCCGCGCCGCGCGGACCAGGUAGAGCGUACUCCAUGACCAGGCUCGACAGGAUCCCGCAGCGGCCGCUCCACUCGGCCUCGCCGAGUAUGCACCACCUCAACAGGAGCCAGCCGCGGUCCGGGGAGACGACGCCGGGCUCGCGGCCGGGCAGCGCGCUGGCGGGCGUGCCGCGCCGCGCGCAGCCGCGCCGCCCGCGCCCCGCCUCCAUCGCCGGCACCGGCGUCAACACGCCCAGAGGCGACGUCCCACUAGCCGGCGGCGGCGAGACGAGCGGCGCGAGCGCAGCGACCACGCCGACGGUGUCGCGCGACAGCAGCACGGUGGGCCGCGCCGCCGCCACCCCGCGCCGCCCGCGCCCCAGCUCGGUGCAUCUGCACUCGAAGACACCGUUGUCAUUAGCGCUAGCGCCCGGCGAAGGCAAGCCGCCUCCGCACUCGAGUAGAAAGCCAAAGCCAUCCAAAGAACACGAUAAGACGCGCAACAAGUCUUUAUCGCCGGGCCGUGCGUUGUCGCCGCCCGCCUCAAAGGAGACUAGCGUUGAGAAAGACAUACAAAAGCCGACACCGGUUCCGGACAAAUCGCAAGUGAACGCGAUAGAAGUGACGCAGAAACUCGAAGCGUUGCAGAUACAGAACGGCCACGCUCACAACCAAAACGUAGAUCAUAAGGUAAACGAAAAUAAAGAACACAUAGAGGUUACGCCAUCGAAACCAGAGGAACAGGAAGUACACAAGCCAGUCGAGAAACAAGCAGAUAAUAUUGAAAAAGUGGAGAAAGUCGAUAAACCAGAGAAGGUCGAUAAACCAGAGAAGGUUGAUAAACCAGAGAAGGUUGAGAAACCAGAGAAGACGGAGAAGAAUGAUAAAGUGGAGAAAAUUGAGAAAGAGAAGGAGCCGUCUCAGGAAAAGACUGAAGAGAAUGAGAUGACAGCGUCAAUGACAGCGCGCCGUAUAACAACGGAAGAACAAGCCAAAGCGGCUCUAGCCGAGAGGAGAAGACGCGCCAGAGAGGAGUUAGAGAGGCAGGCAGAACUUGAGAGGCAGAGAUUACAACGCGAAGCAGAAGAAGAGGCGGAGAGACAGCGGCAAGAGGAGGAGAGGCAGCGUCGCGAAGAAGAGGAAGCGAAGGAACUCGCCCGGCUGCAGCGGCAGAUGGAGGAGGAGAAACUGAGGAAGGCUAUUGAGGCGCAGCAGCAACUGGAGCGCGAGGAGGCGGAGCGGCGCGCGCGCGAGGAGGCGGAGCGGGCGGCGCGCGCGCGCGAGGAGGAGGAGCGGCGGCGCGCGGGCGCGGAGGCGGAGCGGCGGCGGCGCGGCGAGGCGGCGCGCGAGGAGCGCGAGCGGCUGGCCCGGAAGCAGCGCGUCGAGGCCAUCAUGGCCCGCACCAGGCUCAAGAAGCAAGCUGAAGAAGACAAGAAACAACAAGAGAAAGCCAAUCAGCAGCCGGCCGCCGAACAGCCACAGCCGUUGCCGUCGCAGGCCGACCAAUCAGAGAGCCAGGCUUCGCAACCGCAAGCUUCGCAACCAGGGUUACCAAACACAAACACAGACAACGGGAACGCCACAGCGGAUUUGUUAGGUUUCACUAGUCAGCCGGAAGAACGGAAACCUGAGGAGAGCGCCUCAGUGGCGCAAACCAACAAUGGGAAUGUCGCUGAUUUGCUGGGCUUGUCCGAACACAACCAGACCGACGACAAACCCCAAGAGCAGUCGACGCCCAAACAGAUAGACAACACAGAGACCAACAACGGCAACGUUGGCCCAACAUCCAACGUUGGCCACAUAUCGGCCAACUUCAUACAAACCGAACGGCUAUCAAACGAGGGCCAGAAGAUCGAGAAACUACUAGAAGAUGACUUCACGACGCACAACGGCCACGGUACACAUAAUAAUCACCCGUUGACGUUGCAGAACGCUAUAUAAUCUGUGGUAGAUUCGAAUUUUUGAAUUUGGAGUUUUCAUAGCGUAUAUAUUGGCUGGUUGUGUGCGGGUUUCGCUCGCUUGUACACUCUUCGGGAUUUAAAAUGGUGUUGAAAAAGAAAGAAGUUGUUCCUUUUUUGAAAAAUAUUGCAAUUUAUUAAUCUGCGUUCGGGUUUUGAAAUGCUGUCACUGAAAAGGGAGAUAUAAAAAACUUCUUUAAAUAUUAAUUAUUUUUAAGGAAUGAGCUAUUUAUUAACCUGUUGAGUUAUUUAUGAUCCGUACUGCGUUGACAUAAGAUUGAACUUAUAGAAGGACUCACGGAAUACUCUAAUUAGGGCUAUUAUCCUAAGGUAAUAUUCGGGUCACUAAAAAAAUGUUCAACGAUAAUCCCAGCUUAGUUAGGUUUCAGGUGAACGGUGAAUUAUUUAAACACAAUCACAUGAUCAAAGGUUAGACGAUAAUCGUUGUGGUUUGAGAUGUUCUAACCGGGACGAUACUCAGGAGUAAAUGUUAUAUUAUCGUACUCCAUUAACGGAAAGUUCAAAUUGUUGUAAUUUUUAAGCUUCAAAAAUAAACACUGAAAAUUAAGUUUUGUAAUUAACAAAAUUUAAGAAGUCAUAAAUGGACUUGUAUCUAUGGCCGUAAAAAUAAAUGAACUGCUUUGCCAUAACCAUUAUUUUUUUCAGUAACCUUAAUCGAGACUUACGCUAUACACCUAAAAUAUUCAUUAUAUAAAAUACGAGAGUGUACAAGAAACUUGAUUUUGAAUGGGAACAUUGAUUACCGCCUUAUGAAGGCGAAAAAAAAAGAAAUUGAGCGAUCAAACGAAAAAUAAUAUACAUAUAAAUGCAUUAUAUAUUAACUAGAUUUUUUAAAACAAUGUAACAAAUAUAUGGCCUACAAUUAGAGCACUUAGUGGCACAUUUAAAUAUUAAUCACGUGCACAUGAUAAUAAAGAAAAAAAAAGUCUAGAUCGCUAGAAAGGUUUUUCGAUUACGAUACGUGUGGUGCCUUAGUUUCCUUUAGUUCGGUGCUAAAUUUUUUUACAUUUCAAAAGAAUUUAUUGGUAAAAAGAAAUAUCUUCCCCGUUUAGUUUCGAAGCGUGAAACGGAACGUAUCUUCCGCGCUAGUUGUGAAACGUGAAAAGGAACGUGGCGAAUAGUGAUAGUUGUACUUGUACCAAGCCAAUAUGUAUGUUUUGGAAACGGUUUGUUGGUCUGUUGGUUUCAUUUUAUUUGACAAGGGAUGAAUAAAAAUACAAGUAAGAUUCAAAUUCAGUAAUAAUAAACACAUAAACUUAAUUUUCGCUACAUUUUGUAUAGUAGCAACCUUUCUUAUUUUUUGUUUUUAUUUAAUUUAUGAAUGUUGUGUUAAUUCAUACAUCAAUACGUAAGAAAAGGCAUAAAUGUCGGUAUUUAAUUUUCAAAAAAAUUAUUUUUAAAAUUAAAAGCAAUAAAUUAUGUUCCUUCUACAUUUGAAAAUUCAUGUCUUAAGUCAAAUAAAAUGAAAACAACAUUGAGACGAUACUAAAUCAUAAUAAUAUUAUUAUUAAUGCAUUUAUACAGCAAAAGAUUUAAUGUUUUCAUUUGCAAAUAGACAGCUUCACGUUUUUAGGGGAAAUAUUUUCGUACUAAUAAAAAUCUUGGACACGCAUUAACAGAUUAUUAAAAAAAUAUGAAUAUAACUUUAUCAUUUGGUCAUUAAUCGCAUGAAAAUAAUAGACGAAUUAAGUGUAAGACUUAAGGCUUAUUUACAAUAACGAGAUAUAAAAAUACGGACGGUCGAUUUGGUAGAAAUUUCUAGAACAGAAAAAGUUGUGAACUUCGUGCUAUUAAAUUGAUACAGCCAUAAAAAAAGGUAUAUACAAACUGGAUGCCAAUUUGAGCAUGAAACAAAAAAUCUCUUUCUAACUAGUCUCAUUAGAAAAAGACGGAAAGAAGUCACUCUUUUCAUCUUAUUCAAAUUAGGUUAGUAAGAAAAAAUUUCUUUUUUGUGUGUGACUCAACUGUUUCUGAAUCAAUUAAAAAGAGUCCCAUCUCUUUUAGCGGUAACGAAAUAUAUUCCCGUCUACAAUUUGUUAAAUGGAGUGGGACUUCUAAAUUGUAUGUACUUUUGUUGAUAAAACCGACCGUCAAAUAUCUUUUUAAAUCAAUAGUUCGGCGUUUCAUAAUUAAAAUAGGUUGUGUAUAAAAAGCUGUUCUAAACAACAGCAUAUUACGAUGUGUAAAUUAUUAGUUUUAUUUAUUGUGAUUUUCUUUUUAUUAUUUAAAAAAUGCCGUUGCCUGUCCGAGAGGUCGUUUUCUGUAUCUGUCGCACGCUGUUUAGCCGAAAGCGUGUAAGUGGGACAGAUAUAUUUUCCGAGUUGCGUCGGGCGAUAUUUAUAGCCAUUGGAACCAGUGAUAGAUUUCCUUAUUUGCAAUACGUAUGAAAUGAUUUAAGUUAAUUGCGUUCUUAUGAUAUGCUGUUUUGAUGCUGAAUCAACUUAAAAUCAAGUGUAUGAUAUUUUUUUUAUAUGUGACUCCUUUAACGUUUAAAUAAGAUAGAAAUGUUCCAUUUGUAUUCUCUGAUUGGUAGAAAUCGUGAAACUAUAGUUGGAGUUGGAGUUAUACUUUACAAUUAACACAAGAUGUUAAUUUUCACAAAAUUAACAUCUUGUGUUAAUUAUUUCUAAAUGUUAAAGAAGUCACCUUCAAACCUGUGUUUUUAAACAUUUAAAUUUUUGCCUCACUCUAUUUCAUAUAGUGUGACGCAGAGAGCAAAUCGCGUCCUUAUUUAACAAAGAAUCAUUAGUAUAGUGUAGGUAUCAAAUUUGCAUUGAAGUGGUAUCAUCUUUUUUAGGUUAUUAUCAAUAAAAUAAUAUAACUAAUGGUUAUAAUGUAAAACAAUAUGAUGUCUCAUUCUGGGUAUUCAACUGAAUCGUGUAACGAGUGAGAUGACAUGAUUUGCGACAUUUUGUUUUCUAAAGAACCAUAUACAUAAUGCCCUUUCUACAUUAAAAAAAAUUGACUAUCUAUCAACGAUAAGUUAUAAAAAAAAUAUUGAUAAUAACUCACAAAAGAAACCUAGAUCUAAUAUGCUUAACAAAAUUCAAUAAUAAAAUAAUAAAUAAGUUAUUUAACGACAUGCAUAAACAAUUUUUGUAUAAUAAGUAGUUAGAGUUUAAACAAAUAAUUGUAUCUAUCUUCGUGUAUUUUGUUAAUAUGCUGUUUCUUCGAGUUAAUUUUUUUUCAUAGGAUGUUAUUGAAUUUUAAUAAACGAAAUCGUGUCAUGUGGAUAUGUGAGGCUUUUUGAAACAUUAUAUAAUUAUUCUAGAAUGCUUUUUUUGUCAUAUAACAAAUUCAUAAAAAUAUUUUGCUGCACAUAUCCAUAUAAUAUGUAUUAUUAUUUGUCUUCAACUUGUUAAAACUAAUUGUGACUACAAUUUUCGUAUUGGAAUUUUGAUAAACGACUGGUUUCAGUAUUAAAAUAUGCAGUCAAAUGCAGUUUUGACACAUGAGGACCUCACAUACACUAUUAUAAUCUAUAUCCAAGUCUAUAUUAGUAGUUAUUAACAAAUCAAUUGUUAACACCGGGAAUCGCCCAAAAUGUAUUCCAUUAAAAUAUAUUAGCUUUCAAAUUGUAAAUUGAAAAUUUUUGUGGUUACUACAAAAAUAUUUCGUUUUUUUUUUCUUUCUCAUCGGAUUCUGCGUCAUAGUAUGCGUAUAUCACUUGCUUGUAGGUACAAUUUAUACAUUUUUUAUUGCUAUUCGUCACUUUCCAACCAUGUAUCUUAGUUUUUGAUUAAUUUUUGUGCGCGUAAGGAUCAAGUAUGUGGUGACCGCUUUCCAUCAAUUACAAAUUUUUGAUAAGGUACAUUUCUUAACUCUCUUAGGUUGCGAUACGAUUGUUAUGAGGUCGAUAUUGAGUCCCAUAAGACUAAAUGCCAUAAUCAUCACAUAGCAUUAGAUUUCAAAAGUAAGAACUGUUUACCGAAACGAUGAUUAUGUCUAAAAUCGUUACAAAUAAAAUUAUAGUAUCAAGCUUUAUAACACCCAAUAUUGACCUAUUUCUAUUAAGAGUUGAUAAGACAUAUGCCUUCUGUAAUUAAUUGGCCCGAUAAAUAAAAGAAAAUUCAAUUAAUAACAUUCAAUUUACACCCGGGACACUUCUAAUGUUAAAUAGUUUGCUGUCUACUUUGUAUUUUCCUAAAUUACAUAAGAAUACAAAUAGUACCUAUGUUUAUCUGUUAUUACAAAAAGAAAAAGCAAUUUUAACAAAUUUAAGAAUACAAUCGUUAAACGUUUAUCCUUGGGUGCGAUUGUACAUUCUAUACGUUGCUAAAAUUACUCUUCUACGUAAGUUUUACGUUUUGACAUGUCGAAAAUCCAAGAUGGCGGGCUGUCAUAUGCGUUUGUAUGAGUGUGUUACAUGGAAAUAAAGUUUAGUAACUUAAAACCACACUUUUUUUAAGCAAGAAUAUUAUUCACCUUAAAAUUGUUUAUAAAGAUAAUCAGGGCAGUUUAACUUUAUUUAAAAAAGAAUAAAAAAGAAACGAGACAUUUUAAGGUUACUUUUUUUAUCUUGCGCAAUGUAGUGUGGCUUUCAGCUAUCACACUUUAUUUUCAUAUUAUUAUAUGUGUGUUCUCACACUGAGGUUGUCAUUCAUUUAUGUAAUGUAUUUAUGUAUAUCACUAUGAGACUAUGGCUUAUGUACGUUCUCUUCUAUGUUAUGUUAGCAAUCGAUGGAUUUAUAAGGAGCAGUUUUAAUAAAAAAUAUCAAACUAA